GUUGCUCAACCAUGGCGUAAGGCAAAUUAUUUCGUAGAACCAUCAAAGCAGUUUAAUUAUGGCAUCAAAAUAACCAAUCAUUGGGUUCAAUACACUUCAAAAGUUACAAAUAUGUGUAGUUCGGGUCAUAUGAUGAAAAUUCGUAGUAGCAUUUCAGACCAUAAAGUUACAAUGACGUAUGUGUGCCUUGACGAUGGAAAGCCUGGGGUCGAUGAAGAUGAUCACUGUUGUAAAACAUCUGAUAAAUUCGAAGAUAAGCUGGAAGAAGACCGCCCCAUCCGAGUGGAACGUUCCAAGGCAUUGCACGAACUGGUGGAGUCCCACAGACAUGAUGAUGCAAUAUACGGAGAGUCCACGCACAAGGCCGUGAAAUAUAAUAUAACACCAUCAAUAACUACCAUCCGACUGCCUGACGUUGAAGAAGAAUCAAAUGAUCCGAGAAAUCAAGCCAAUAUAUUAAAACUAACCAAAAUGAAGUGGCUCACUGAAGGACAAGAAGAAUCGCCUGAAUCAAGCUCACCGUCUCUUUCUCCAACUAACUCCACCGUAUCAACAUGCAGCCGCGAAUCCUACGAUGCUCAUUCCAAAAUCUAUCCAUGUAUAAGUUCCGGUGAUAAAUGCUUGUCAACUAUCCUACGCUUGGACAAAGAGCACAAUAUGUUUGGCCUCUCUAACAUUGCCAUCGUUGGAAAGAAAACAUCGAGAAGAAGUCGUAAAGAUGACGAAAGACCAGCAUUUCCACAGACAGCCAUUGUCCAGGUUUGCUGCGGGGGAUCUUGCUGCAGGCACAAGAGCAAUACUGACUUGCCCGCCUCAUUGAAGUGCGGCGGUUGUCGUGCUUGCUGCAAGGACCCAUAUUGCUCCUUCUGUGUUGGAUCUUGCGGUACACCAUGCGAGGAACCACCUUGCCCGUCAGUCUGCUCUACAUGCCCAAGUCAAAAAUGUAAGGUUCCAUGCGUUUCAUCAAGAUGUUUAAUGGAUUCCUCAAACAGUUUUGGUCUCAAGAUUUCCCUCAAGAGAAAAGCGAAAUUCGAACCACCAGUCGUUGAAUUAACUCCACGCUCUAGCUGUGUAUUGCAAAAAAUGGCGGGCCGGCAGCCGUAAACUCAUAUCGCUCAAGGUCGCUGGCAUUUAGUGUCGCCUUAACAUAGUAUAUAUAAAGUGACUUCAGCCAGU